UAUUUUGUCAAGAACAACCGAAAUACUUUUUUUUACUUUUCUGCAUUAAAUUACAUUUUCAUAGAAAAUUACAGUUUCUUAGUAAAUACUGCCAUGUAAUUUACACCCACAAUUUUUUUAUUUAAAUUUUGAAAAGAAAAAAACAUAUUUUCUAAAUGGCGGAUAAAGGAGGCUAUAAUCCUUACGAAAACCGAAAUGUGGCUAAGCCGUUGUCAGAUAUUGGUGCUUUUUUCUCCCUACUCAAGAGCGUGGUGGGAACUGGAGUGUUGUCCCUUCCCUUGGCCUUUUACUACGCAGGCAUCAUCAAUGGCAUUGUCCUGCUCAUUUUGGCCAGUAUAAUGCUAGUUCACGGCAUCCAGAUGCUGAUUAUUUGCAUGGUGGAGUGCUCCCGGCGGAUGCAGGUCGGCUAUGCCACCUAUCCACAGGCCAUGGAGUACUCCUUUGGCCAGGGACCCAAGUGCUUCAGGUACUGCUCAAAGGCGGGAGGAUACUUCUGCGAUGGAGUGCUGGGAGCUUCGCAAUUCGGCGUCUGCGUCGUCUACAUUCUCUUCGUGGCCGCCAACAUAAAACAAGUCUUUGACUUCCACGUGGUAGUGGCCGACUUGAGAAUCUAUAUAGCUGUUAUCGGACUCCUCCUGAUAGGCCCAUUCCUUAUACGACGACUGAAGUACCUGGUGCCCUUCAAUAUAGUGGCCACCAUUCUCAUUUACACCGGCUUUCUUAUGAUGAUGUACUACCUCUUCGUGGGACUGCCUCCGAUAUCGGAACGCAAUAUAGUGUUUGGCCCCAUAGAGAAGCUGCCCUUGUUCUUUGGCAUCGCCCUGUUCUCGGUCACCUCCGUGGGAGUGAUGCUGGCCGUCGAAUCCCAGAUGGUCCAUCCACAACAUUACCUUGGUUGGUUUGGGGUAAUCGUUUGGGCCAUUGUGAUAGUCUUAUUUUCUUAUAUUUUCUUUGGGAUCAUGGGCUACUGGCGCUAUGGGGACCAAGUUGCUGAUAGCAUCUCACUCAAUAUUCCGACAAACGAAGUACUUGCUCAGGUUUCCAAAACUUUCAUAGCCAUUGCCAUUUUCCUGUCGUAUCCCUUGGCCGGCUAUGUGGUGAUCGACAUAAUAAUGAACCACUACUGGAACAAGAGUGGCGAGCUGAAGCACGCGGUGCUGAAGGAGAAUGUCCUCCGGGUUGCGCUUGUGCUGCUCACCACCACAACUGGCAUCAUUGCCCCGAAUCUGGGUCCCCUGCUGUCGCUGGUCGGAGCUCUCACCAUAUCGCUGUUGAACCUGGUGUUUCCCGCCCUGAUAGAGAUCUGCUUGUUCUAUCCGCCGGAGUAUAACUACGGCAAGCUGAAGUGGAAGCUGGUAAAGGACAUUUUUUACGUAAUCAUUGGCCUCGUUAUUCUGGUGCAAGGCACCAUCUUCUCCAUAAUGAAUAUGGUCAAGGAGUGGGGCGGUGGACACGAGGCGACGAAUAGCGCCACCGAUGGAACCACCACUGGGGACACCACAACUACCGGGAAUAUCACCACUCUGCUCACCACAGCCAUGGCAGUUACAAACGAACCCACCCAGGCACCUGCCUUCAGGUUCCUGUAAGGAGAGUAGAGAAAACCUUUGUAUAUUAUUCAUGGAGAUACGAUUUUGUAGAAUUUAUUUCGAACCAUUUUUAAACAACUUUUUUAAUCAUUACAAAUUUUUGGUGGGCCCAAGCGCCUUUAAAUUUUAAGUUAUAGUGUAAUACUAGCCUAGCGAUUUCAUCAAAAUUGUAUUGUAAACCUUCUAUUUUGAGUUGCUGGUCAGGUAUACCCAAGUCAAGACUUUAAUGCAGUGUCUUGGUGAUAUAUGUGCAAAAUUAAUUGGUAUCUAUAAGAACCCAUGUUUUAAAAAUAUAAUGUACUAUGUUUUUAUUACUUUUACUGUA